CUCCCUCCUGCCUCGACCGCUGCACGAGAUGGACAGGUUGAGAUCGACGAGACGGAUCGAAACCGACCUAUUUAGGUCGCUGUCAGAAUCUCAGCUGUUGGUAUACCGAAUCCGAUCUCUGUAGUGGGCAUCAUGUUGACAUCACCAUCUCUCAUUUUGAACCGAUUGCGAGAUGCAAAGGGCUACGAUAGUAUGCGGAUGAGACGAAAACGAACAUUCAGUGGCAGAUGGCAUCUCAUCAUACAAACUGACAUCACAAAUUCACAAUAGUCUGGUUGCUGGUAUACAUCAGUUGUUUUUGUGUAUAUAAGCAUCUCUUAUCCUCCUUCCAAUCGAACAAUAUCUUCUCCUCCAUCAAGCAACUCAUCAACAGAUAACAGCAUCUACUCAACAACUCCAACGCACAACUACUACCAAAUCACAUUCUCCUAAACAACAUCAUCAACAUGGCUGGCACUGGUAACGACAACCCCGGCAACUUCGCCAACCGCCCCAAGGAAGAGGUUCAGGCCAUCGCCUCCAAGGGUGGUCAGGCCAGCCACAGCGGUGGUUUUGCCAGCAUGGAUCCCGAGAAACAGCGCGAGAUUGCUUCCAAGGGCGGCAAGGCCUCCAGCGGCAGCUUUGAGCCUGGCUCCGAGAAGGCCCGCGAGGCCGGUCGUAAGGGCGGCAAGGCUUCCGGUGGCACUGGUGCCGACGACGAUGAGUAGAGGUCAUCAACCUACUACUGCGACUACCAUCAUCUGAUUUUGACCUGGCGCACGGGAUACGAAUUAAUGACUUUGGCCUUUGGAUGACGGAACUGUAAUAACAGCACGGGAUAUGACACGAGAUUGCAAUUGGGAUUUAUUUGGCUGGCGUGAGAAGGCGCACUCAGAUAAUUUUGCUUUAACUCGGUUAUCAUCUUUCUCUAGGCAACUGAAUGCUUUGACAAUUUGCUAAAAA